AUGCAUUAUGUGAAGCAACCUCUUCUAGCUCUAGGGCUUGCAAUAGCAUAUACCGUGUUCACUUGCAUUCCCGGCUCCUGGUCGGCCUCGAAUCUGCCAAAAUAUUCGAAAUUCAGACAGAGGCUUGUCAUCGUCGAAGCCAACGACAAGGAUUGUAUGGUCUGCUACGACAAGGAGAACCCUCUGGCUCUCCUCCCCUGCAACCACGAAUGCUGCACGGGCUGUCUAGACCUCAUGGCAGCAGGCUAUCAAACAACAUGUCCUGCCUGCCGGACACCACUCUUCAACGCAAACGAUGAGAUCAUCUAUGCUCUCACCCGAGGCUCAGUGGCAAGCAUGGUGACGAACAUCAUUCUCCUCUCCUUCGUUGGAUUCCAAGACUAUCGAGAUUCAGACUGGACAGGUGUAGCUAUACGCUUUGGAUCGCAGUGUGUUCUCACGCCCAUGCUAUGGUUUUAUGGAACUCUCAUGUGGGAGCAUGGGGAUGGCUGGUGGAGAAUGAUCUUCUCGGCAGCGAAAAGGACACCUCUGGAUCUUAAGAUGGCAGUCUUUGCAAUGGCAUCUGGAACUUUUGCUUCUUGGGCCAUAUUGUGGUCCACGAGAGGGUAUUUCACAUGA